AUGGCUUCUGCUGUUCUAGGGAAACGACAGAGAGCUGCUCUCGAGUCGCCAGAUGCACCUUCUUUACGAUCUCCGAGCAAACGUCUGGCAAGGGCAAGCAAGAAGAUCUAUACAGAUGAGGAGGACCCCUUUAUAACGUCGACAAGCCAAAAACGCUCCAGCUCCCAGUCGCCCACCACCCGCAAGCGCCCCAGCGAUGCAAACACUCCAAGCCGUAACGUACGGACGAAACGUAUUGACGGUGACAAGACGACCAGCAGGACAGCAGUUCACGACGAUAAUGACGAAAAUGUUCAACCUGUCGAGUUCAGCACUCCAACAACUCAGAGAUAUAAAAAUGUUUUCCUUCCAGUUACUCCAAAGCACAGAGUACUGGUCGGGGGGAAGCCUUUGACUCCUCGAACUCCUCGUACUCCAUCCACGCCAAAGACCACUCGUUCAGUCUUUACAGCUGCCAAACAGCUUUUCACUAGGAGUGCCAACCCAGGCCAGCUUGUUGGACGAGAAAAUGAGACCAGCGAGAUGAAAAGCUUCAUUCAAGAGUCGGUAGACUCGAGAAGAGGCGGGUGCAUCUACGUAAGCGGACCGCCUGGAACGGGGAAAACUGCUCUCAUCGACGAAGUUUCGCGGGACCUCGAGAAGUCUGUCGACGGAAUCAAGAUUGCCAAUGUCAACUGUGCCAGUCUAACCUCUGCACGAGAUAUCUACGGCAAUCUCAUAGAAGACUUGUCUGAGAAUACCAGCGUGUUCAAAAAGAGCGAGGUGGAGCGCCUAGAGGCAAUGUUCAUCUCGAAGAAGUCAGCUGGUCCUCUCUACCUUGUCAUUCUGGAUGAAAUCGACCAUCUCUUGUCGGGAGAUAUCGAGAUCCUGUACAAGCUUUUCGAGUGGUCUCUGCACAAGUCCUCGCGACUUAUCCUGAUUGGAAUUGCGAACGCACUUGACUUGACCGAUCGACUCCUACCUCGCCUAAAGGCAAAGAAUCUGAAGCCUCAUCUACUUCCAUUCCUUCCAUAUACCCCAACACAAAUUGCUGAUGUUAUCACUACCCGCCUUCGCUCUUUGCUACCUAAAGAAGCUCAGAAUGCUGCAAGUCAGGUCCCUUUCAUCCACCCAGCUGCCAUACAGCUUUGUUCGCGCAAGGUUGCCUCCCAGUCUGGCGACUUGAGGAAAGCCUUCGAUAUCGUUUACCGAACCAUCUCUCUUUUGGAGCGUGAGACUCAACAAAAGGCCGCUUCCGCUUCUAGCACUAGUCCGUCCAAGCUACCCUUGCUUGAGAACAAGAAUCUAGCGUCAACCUCUCUCCCCAACCCUUCUGUCACAGAAUAUACGGCUGCCACCGCACCACGAGCAACUAUAGCUCACGUUGCUCGCGUCACAUCCUCUACUUUCGGUAAUGGCACAACCGAAAGACUCCAGGACCUGAACCUGCAGCAAAAAGCUGCACUUUGUGCGCUGAUUUCCUUUGGCAAGAAACAGCAAACUGCCAACACUGUUUAUAAAACACCCUCCAAAUCGCCACGAUCUACUGCACCAACCAGCAGAGAGCUGUUUGAAACCUAUUCCGGGCUUUGUCGGCGCGAUAAUGUUCUCCAGCCACUCACCGCCACUGAGUUUAGAGACGUUAUCAGCAGCCUAGAAACUAUGGGCUUAGUCGGAGAAGUUGAUGCUCGUGGCCGUGGAACCGGCUCUCCUACAGCAGGAGUGUCCGGCCUCUUCUCCACCCCAUCUAAAUCCGGCCGUGGAAGACCAGCCACAGUGAAGAACAUGGCAAGGACAGAUGACAGUGGUCUUGUGUGCCUCGUCGGAGAAAAAGAGGUUCAAAGUCAAAUCUCUGGGCCUGGCGAGGCCAUUCUCAAAGCCUUGCUGGCCACCGACGAGUAUUGA